CCAGAAUACGCAAGGCUGGAUAAAAAAAACAACAAAUAACAAGAUGGCUGCCCUGUGUAAGGCCCUGCAAGUUCGGCUAUCUGUGUAUAAUGUAUUAAAUACACAGGUUCGUUAUAGAAGAUCAAACAGACCAUUGGAGAUAUACCCCGAAAAUAUGUCAUGGACUAAACCAAUUUAUGAAUUACAAGAACAGAAAAUGAAGGAGGAAAAAGAGAAUAAGCAGGAGCCAGCUAUGUUACAUAUGGUGUGGCGUGUUAAGAAAUUGGCAGGGCGACCAUAUUGGGAAAAGGAUGUUCUAAAGAUGUUGAAAUUAGAUGGGAAAAUGUUCCAGGUACAAAUUCAUAAAAAUACACCAGAAGUUAAUGAUAUGCUGAAAUUUGUGAAGCAUCUUAUAGAAAUUAAACCAAUAACUUUUCCAUAUGGCCUGCCCACAGAUGAAACUGACUAUGAACAUUGUCUGUUACAAGAUAAUGGAGAGUUUGUUGUUACCCAAAAAUUGAAUGGUGCUGAUACCGAUGAAAUUAAAGUUGUCGAUAAACCUGAAAAAAUACCAGAAAAUCAAAUGGACCUAGAAACAAUUAAAGCUGAUAAUAGAAACAAGCUAGAAUCUUUUAGUUUAAUGUCAGAAUAUUUUCAAGCGAACUAUGAAUAUAAAUACAAUCAAGAUAAGAAGGAGUACCGAUAUAAUGGGGAUCAUAAUAUAGGUGCCGGUAGAGACUGGUAUUAAAGAGGAAUGUAGAAGAUCAAAAAUUAUGAUUUAAUCAGUGUAAAAGAAAAUAUUGUUUCUCUGUUACCGGGGAAAGUGUUAAGAAUUUUAGAAAACUGUUCAAAAAAUAAUAUUGACUUAGUGUUAUUGUUAGAUUGUUUUCUAAUUGACAUUUGUUGGAUUUCUGUGAAAUUUAGCAAGAUGUGGGCCUUACCAAAAUAAAUCUUUACAGUACAUAUGUAAUGUUCAUUCUAUCGCUAAAUAAGUUGUGUGUCUACCACAAGUUUUCAGUGUGCUUAACCUAGAUCGGGAGAUGUUGAAGAGAUCAGUAUUUCCAUAAUAAUAUAUAGUUGUAUCUAUUAUACCCAAUAAAAAUAAUCCUUAAUUUCAA